CGGUGUCUGUAUCUGUACAUGUCUGUAUAUAUCUCUCUGAUUUCUAUGUUCAUGCAACUUCUCUACUAUUUUGGCCUUCUGGGAAUGGGAUCUGGUUGGUGUCCACAAACUUUCUGAUCAGUAGGUUUCGUUGAUGAUCAGCCCCAUUUAGUGGUGGGGUAGAGUUGAUUUUGUAUUUUUUUUUUCUUUUAAAAAAUUCAUCUUUCUUCCGUUGGAUGAGGUUUUAGUUGGGUAGAGUGUUCAUUACAUGACUUUGACUGAUCGGAUGUGUUACAGGACAGAGUGAUACUUACCGAAGAUAAAAUAUUGAAGCUUUAGAGUUUUCUGAUACAGGGCGCAUGCCAGUUUCUGAGAAGGAAGAGCUCGCAAUACAAUCUAGUAGCUCAUUGACAAGUAUCCCUAUAAAGAAGAGAAGGUUCUCGUUUGUUUUCCCUUCAUCUCCUCCACCUGAGGAGCCAAUUUCUUUUCAUGAUGAAAGCAAUUUAAAGAAUGGAAAAUCUGGUUCUACCCAGAGAUCAUCUUUCAACCCUAUUGAUACUGCUGGGUGUACCAGUAAAUCUGAUGCUAGCAAGAAUCCUGUUUUGGAGGUGAAACAAGAAAGGGCCGGUGGUGCAAAUGUUAGCUUUGGUCAACCGGUCAUGGAUUCGUCUGGAUCCAAACUAGCUGAAGCAGAUAAGACCUCUGUUCAAUUCACUGAGGAGCCUCCUGGAUCCAAACCUGCUGAAGCUGAUAAUACCUCUAUUCAAUUUACUAAGGAACCUUUUGGAUCCAAAGUUACUAAAGUUGAUGUCUCUGCCCAAUCUCCUGAGGGACCCUCUGGAUCCAAGGCUACUAAAACAAAUGCUUCAUCCCUUCAUUAUAUGGAGGGACCUUCUAGAUCCAAACCUACUGAAAUGGAUGUUACGGUUGCCCAACCUAAUGUGGAACCUUCUGGAUGCAAACCUGCUGAUACAAAUGUUUCGUCUGUCAAUAAUAGGGAGGAACCUUCUGGAUCCAAGCCUGCUGAAAAGAAUGUUUCAUUUGUCCAAUCUACUAAGGAUCCUUUUAGAUCCAAGUUUGAAGAAACAAAUGUUGCGUCUAGCCAACCUAGUAAGGAACCUUGUGGGAUGCAACUGUCUGAGGCAAACAUUAAUUCUGCCCAACCUUUGGAAUCCAAAGUUCAAGUCACUAGCACGAAGAUUUGCUCAGGUUCUACCAAUAGUGUUGAUAAUUGUGUUAAGGGAGAGUUGACUGAAAGUAGCCUUCAAGUUGUUGAAACCAUUUCAGUUAAUGUCAAGAUGGAAAACAUUGGCAAACAAGCAGAAUGCAGCAUUAAAUUUCAAUCUUCUACACAUUCAGGAAACACUGAAUUAUCUUUAGGAUCACAAAGACAAAACCUUCCUUUGGGAGUGCAAAACAGAGGAGGUUCUGAGAUGCCUAAUAAUUUGGAUCCAUCAUUUUUAUCUUUUUCUUUAAACAAAGAAAAAGCCAUCGAUUCUCAAAUUGGAAGAUCAAACAGUAGGUCCAAUGAUGAUAGUCCUGAUACCGAUACUAACAGAUCAAACUGGGAUUUGAAUACUACUAUGGAUGCAUGGGAGGGUUAUGAUAAUGGCUUUCAAGAUACAGAUAAUGUUGAUGCUCUAAGCAAAAUCAGUACUAGACAUGACCUAAAACCUAGUUUAAGCUCCUUUAGUAUGCUUGGUGCUUGCAAUGAUAAAGGGAAGUAAAUUUUUGGAGUUUCUGAGCAGAUAUCUAGUAUACAAUCUAGCCAGCCUGAUGAUUCGCUUUGCCUUAGUCUUGGUAGCACUUUCUGUGGUUUGGACUUCAGUAAGAGGCAUUUGGUUCAAUGACCAAGGCAGACUCAAUUCCACGUACUAGUGUUCUAAGAACCAUUACAAACAUGGAUUCUAUUGGAUGUUGAACUGUAAAGGUAGAACUUAUUGAUGAAAGUUGAAAACAGGAUUAUGCUGGAUCUAGCAAUAAUGCUACCAAAGCACUAGAUGGUAAUUCUUUGAAAAUAGAGCAUAUUAAGAGGGGAAACAUGGAACUUAUUGAAUUCCCAAUCAAGUGUGCAGAAAAGAUAAUUGAGAAAAAAUCUAUAAAAUCUGAACCCUUACAGGAAACUAAACAAGAAAGUUGCAGGUUGUCCAGCAUGACAUUGCACCAAUCUGUUAGAAAUGUUUUACCAUCAAAAGAGAGUUUUUCUACUUUGCUAGUGCCAUUGACCCCUGAAAAGCUGUUGAGUACAAGAGUGGCUACCUUUUCAGAGUUGUCUGUCAGCGGGGAGUUAUCAAAUCAAUCUGAACAUUCUGUUCAUACUAUAUAAGUAUAUGCUCGUAACAAUGCAUUAGAUUAGAUGAAUGCAGAUAUAGCUAUUCAAAAUGAAAAUUUUGCUCUAAAAGGUUUGAAUGCAUCUUGUUCUAAGGUAGAUGCUUGUGAGCCAGAGGGUGUGAAAAUUGACAGUUUGGAAAUGUCACAGUUGAAGCAAGUUAAUGAACACCAUCAGGCUUUGGUUGCAUGUUGUGAGGGAUCUGUGAGUGAUGAGCCAGAUAUGAAUAUAUCAGUUGAUAUGGAAAAAGAACAACCGUAUGGUUUUGAUUAUGAAUCAGAUGGCAAUCAUGCUUGUACUAUACAUACUGAUGUGGAAGGUAGGCCCUGUAGCACGGAAGAUGGUGAUUAUGAAGAUGGUGAGGUGCGGGAGCCAAUAUUGCAGUCAACAAAAGAAAAUACAAUUGCUUUGGGAACUGAUUCAAAACAAAUUAUUGAUUCUGACAUUCAUGCUAUGGAUGCUUCAACCGAUGAUAAUAAUGUCCAAUCUGGUUGUGAUGAAAAAGAUGAAACUACCAUGAUUUAUCAUGAUGUAAUUAAUGAUUCUUCAAAAGAGUGUGGCUGCGGCACAAUUUGUGAUAAGAUAGUUGAUCAAGUUUUGGGAAAAGAUGGUUCUUUGUCGACCUCAAUAUCAGAAAAUGUGCCAGCAACAUGCUCUUAUGACUCUAUGCCUGUAAAUGAUACUGAACAGAUACAUUUUGAUCAAGCAGGAGCAAUAGAUAAGCAAGAGGAAAAUAUAGAGGGUGUUUUAUGUGAUGGAUCAUUAGUUGCAAGCAAUGAUAUGAGAGUAAUUGUUACCAAGAGAGGAUGCCAAUGGAACUAACGAAGCAGAAAAGUUAAACUCCAGUUUGGCCAAUGCUGAAACACCUCUAAAUGGUAAUAGUGCUAAAGAUUCUAGUGCAAUUAAGAGCCGGAUUAUCAAUUUGCCUCGGACUUCUAAUUCCACUUUCCCUAGUAA